AUGCAACGCAGAAGCAACAGACAUCAGAUUCCAGUCUGACAUGCAGCAGUCUGUUUACAAGACCGGGUGGUGACACAGUGAAGGUUCUUCAAAAUGUGCCUCCCUUCACUACACUUUAUACAAUUGUGAGCCAGCCUUCCAAAAAACUGACAUACAAAAUGAGUACAUUGCCUCCAUCUGCAUCGUCUCUGUUUAACAUUACCCAAAAUGGAGAAAUCCUUGUUCCAGCCAGUGGCUACAGCUCCAAACAAGCGGAUCAGACGUACAAGCUGGCCAUCACAGUGGAAGAGGAACCAGGGGGAGCAUCAUGCACUGGAUUAGUGAAUAUCAAUGUGCUUCCGGUAUACUUUGUGAACUUCACGAAGAAAUCGUACUCUGCAAGUAUUCGGGAGAAUACAGGGCCUAUGGCACUUGUAACGACAGUGACAGCUAAUGGUGUGAAUGUGCGUUAUGAGAUAAUAGAUCAGAGCCCGACAACCAGCAGCUUUCAGAUUAACGAAGUUACAGGGGAGAUCAGGACCACCUACAAUCUGGAUCUGGACUUUCUGGACAAGCGAAGUCCAUCUUCAGUUCAAUUACAGGUCCGAGCAUAUGACCCGAUCCAUCAGGUCAACGCAACAACCCUUGUCAACAUCACUGUGCUGGAAGCCAAUGACAUUCCUCCCUUCUGCACUCCUGCUGUUUUUGUGGAUACAGUUCCUGAGACCACACCCAUUGGGUAUAAAUUCUUUAAUCUAAACUGUAACAAGGAUCAGAAAAAACAGACACUGUCCUACAAGAUCAUUACCAAUGCCAACUCCCUUUACAAGUUCCGACUUCAGAAUGGGGAGUUUCAGGUGAAUAAUACUAUAACAUAUGACUCUGCUGAAAUGGCAAGCGUCAAUUUCCAAUAUUUUGCCUCCAUCAAUGUGACAGACAGCAGCACAGUGCCAUCACUCUCAACAAUAGUCAACAUAUACAUCACUGUGACACCAGUCAAUCAGUAUGCUCCAGUCUGUCACCCUCCCUACCAGUUUCCUGUUAAAAUGAUGAGUCCAAUAGACACUGCUGUGGGCACAGUGAAUGCUACUGACCGUGACUGGAAAUUCAACAACGUCCAGUUUAAAAUCAUUGGAGGGAAUCCCGAUCCUCCGCUGUUUGAUAUCGGCCGUCGCACUGGGAUAAUCUAUCUCCUCAACAAUCUGGAAUAUGAACAACUUAGGACCUUCAAUCUGGAAAUCCAAAUAGUGGAUUUAAACCAGGAUAUUGAGCCAGACCCCAAGAAUCAAAAGACUGGCAGCUGUACCAUCAUUGUCUAUGUGCAGGAUACCAGCCCUGUGUGUAACCCAUGGUAUUAUAUAAAGACCAUCUGCUCCACAUAUUCACCAGAAAGUCAAGUGAUAACUCUCUAUUGCACUUCUACCAAUGCCUCUGUUUCCUAUGAAAUUAUAGGAGGUAACACCAAUGAACAAUUUUCUAUGAGGGGAUCUACAAUAUUCACCCAGAAUGCCUUCACUUAUUACACUCCGGGGGUGGUUGAUCCCACCUCCUUUGAGCUCCUGGUUAGAGUGACCGUUGACACAGCCCCAGAGCUCUCCGCCACGGCAACAGUGUUAGUGCAAGUGGCAUACUGCACGACCACAACCACCACCACCACUACUGCGACAACCACAAGAACAACAAGGAUCGUCACAGUGAUGGAGUAUUACUGGGCUCCGGAACCCUGGUUUGUGGCAGUGAUGACUGUAACUGGAGCUCUCCUCAUUGUGGUUCUAACACUGCUGAUCUGGAAAUGUUUCAAAAGGUCUUCCCUGUGUAGGCAGCCUCCAGUUAAAGAAGCUAAGCCGAUACUGCAAAUUAAGUCUUCUGAUCUAAAAGGUCUGUCAGACAUGCAGGGUGAUUCACCUCCCAAACCAGAUGACCUUCUGAUGAAGAAACUGAGUAUGCCGUCUCUGAACCAGCAGAGCACAAAAUUUGAUGGAAAAGCAGAAGACCCUGUUACAGGCCAGCAGUAUCUCUACAGUUCCAGCACUGGAGAGCGUCGCUGGAUGUGAAUGGGGAUUGUGUCUUGGGGUUAAAUCUUGUUUUCACGUAUUGUCUUUUAACAUAAAACACAAAAAUAAAUAUGUAUGUAUGUCAACAAUUGUGAUUGUACAGGAUAAGCUAUGUAUAUCAACUUAUAUUAUGGGACACAUUUCCUGAGGGGGCUUACCUUAACAUUAUCUAAAUAUAUUUUACUAAAAUUCUUGUUCCUGAUUUAAAAGUUAAUUUAGUCUGGCUUUGAAUGAUUUGCCACUCAGUUAUCUUGUAUGAUGGUAUGUGUCUCCAAAUCAAACAUACUUGCUGGAUAAUA